AUGAGUGCUGUAGGGGAAAGUGCCCUGGAUCCUGCCACGCCAGAGUCCCGCAAGAGGAAGGGCUCACCAUGCGACACCUCAGAGCAGAGUGUGGAGAAGCGGCGGCGGGAGCUGGAGUGUCGUUACAUAGACGAGCUGGCCGAGCUCCUGUCUGCCAACAUGGGCGACAUCGCCAGCCUCAACGUCCAGCCAGACAAGUGUCACAUCCUCAAGAGCACCGUGGACCAGAUCCAGCAGAUCAAACGGCGCGAGCAGGAGAAAGCGGCUAUGAUGUCACCGGAAGAUGAGGUGCAGAAGAGUGACAUCUCGUCCAGUAGUCAGGGGAUGGUGGAGAAAGAGGCUCUGGGGCCGCUGCUGCUCGAGGCUCUGGACGGCUUCUUUUUUGUGGCGAACCGCGAGGGCCGGAUGGUGUUUGUGUCGGAGAAUGUGACGGGUUACCUAGGCUACACCCAGGAAGAGCUGAUUACCUCCAGCGUCUACAGCAUCCUCCAUGUGGGAGACCACGGCGAGUUUGUCCGCAACUUGCUGCCCAAGAGCCUCGUGAACGGGGUGCCGUGGCCCCAGGAGCAGAGUCGGAGGAACAGUAACACAUUUAAAUGCCGGAUGCUAAAGAGGCCUCCUGAUGAGGUGGACUCAGAGAACCAGGAGGCACGACAGCAGUACGACAUCAUGCAGUGUUUUACUGUCUCCCAGCCCAAAGCCAUGCCGGAGGAGGGAGAUGACCUGCAGAGCUGUCUGAUCUGCAUAGCCUGCCCGAUGCCCCGCCCCCAGCAGCUACCCGCCAUCCGCACUGAGUCCUUUAUCACCAAACAGGACCCCACAGGGAAGAUCAUCUCCAUAGAGACCAGUGCUCUGCGGGCGACGGGGCGACCGGGCUGGGAGGACCUGGUCAGGAAGUGUAUCUACGCCUUCUUCCAGCCGCAGGGCAAAGAACCCUCCCACGCCAAGAAGCUGCUCCACGAGGUGAUGACUCAUGGCACGGCCAUCAGCCCUCUUUACCGGUUCAACCUGAGCGAUGGGACCCCCCUCAGCGCUCAGACCCGCUGCAAGUUCUGCUGCCCCCCUAACCAUGACGUUCAGCCCUUCAUCAUGGGCAUUCACACUAUCGACAGGGAACACAACACUGCUAGCUCUCAGGAAAACACUAACUCCAGCCUUCUACUGACCCAUAGGAGCCCUGCUCCCUCCCACUCCCCUGCCCUUCCCUCGGGCAGUGAGGCCAGCCAAGCCCCAGGCCCCACCUUGGGCCUCCAUCUCAACAAUGGCAAAAGCUCCAGCACCACCGCCCCCACCACACCCACCAGCCAUUCAGCAGGGUACCUGACGCCCAACCGGAUGUGUCCUCAGCAGGUCAACAGCCCCUCGCCCCUGGGAAGCCCCUUCACUGCCACCCCUACCUCAUUCAUGUCGCCCAGGCCCCCCAGGGCCAGUCCGGGGCUGGGCGGCUGCCCGCGUGUCCCGGGGAACCCCUUCUCCCCUUCCACCCCUGGCCUGCACUCUCCGGCACCGUCCCUGGGAGGUGGAGCUGGUGGCGGUGGAAGUGGAAUCCUCAGCCGGCACCACUCUGGUGGGGACGGUGGAGCAGGGACCCCCCUGGGUUUCUCUCUGCCCUCCCCUUUACCUCAGAGGCAGGCCAGCACCCCCACCAGCUCCCCAGCGCGCCCUCCCCCCGCCAAGCCCCCCGAGGGAGGAGGAGGAGGUGGGGGCGGAGAGGACCUGGCUAAAGGAAAACUAGGGGGGAACCCCAAACUCAACCAGCCCCUGGACAACGGCGGAGUGGGGGUGCCUAGGGACCCCAAAAACACAUCUACCAAACCCACCUCCAUCCCUCAGUGCCCGGCCUCCCACAGCACGCUGACGGAGCGCCACAAGAUCCUCCACCGCCUCCUGCAGAACAGCAGCCCGGCUGAGGGCAGCAACGGCAAGGAGUCUGAGAUCAAGAAGGAGCCUCCUGCCAGCCCUGCCACCGCCAACCCCAACGGACCCCCCACCACCCCUCAGGACCACCAGCUGCUGCGCUUCCUCCUGGACACGGAUGAGAAGGACCUGGGCGACCUGCCCCCUCCGGCUGCUCUCAGCCUGCAGACGGUCCGGGUCAAGACUGAGAAGAGGGCCAGCGGGGACACUACGCCCUGCGCUGCAGCCUGCGCCAGCCCCAAGCCCAAACCCAGCCCUGCAGACAGCAGGCCGUCCAGAGACCCGUUCCCCAGUGGAUCUGCUGACCUGGACCCUCUAAGCCAGCUGCUGCCCACCCUCAGGGGCCCCGCAGGGGCCAAGCAGGGCAGCGAGGAGCAGGGUGGUCCCCAGACCCAAGCCCUGUCGUCCCAUAGCCAAACCCAACCUCAACCACGGCUCCAUUCACCUCCACAGCCUCAGACACAGCCUUGGCUCCAAUCACCUCUUCAAACCAAACCUCAGAACCAUCUCCAGCUUCAGUCCCCUUCUCAGCUUCAGUCCCCUUCUCAGCUUCAGUGCCCUACCCAGCUUCAGUCUCCUACCCAGCUUCCGUCACCUACCCAGCUUCCGUCACCUACCCAGCUUCCGUCACCUACCCAGCUUCAGUCCCCUACCCAGCUUCAGUCCCCUACCUUACUUCAGUCCCCUACCCAGCUUCAGCCCAGUGGGGCAAACAUUGUUAAGGCCAAGGCCGUGACCGUGAAGAGGGAGCCUCCCGGAAGACCAAGCCGAGGGCUCACUGAUGGCUCCAGCCUGCAGAACCAGUCACACUUUGACUUCUGCAGCCCCAGCCAGAGACCGGGACAAGGGGAGCUCUUCCAGACACCCAAAGACAGCAGCAGCCCCUUUAAAGAGCAUGGACUAAUGAACUCAUUUAACUCCAACACCGCGUUGUCUAAGAUGGAGACAGACUCUCAGCAGUUCCAGACCCUGGCCCUGACUGAGACUCUGUCCUUUGAUGGAGGCAUGGGAAACCCUGUGCAAGCCUCUCUGGCCUCCCCUCAGGAGCAGUGUGUCCCGUGCCCGCUGGAUGAGCUGCUGUGCCCCCCCACCACCCCCGAGGGGCGUAAUGACGAGAAGGCCCUCCUGGACCAGCUGGUGUCCUUCCUGAGUGGCACAGACGAGAGCGAGCUGGCUGAGCUGGACCGAGCCCUGGGCAUCGACAAGCUGGUGAAGGGCGGCUGCUUCGACCCCGUCCCUCAACGGUUCCCCUCCCAGCCUCCUGCCACCACCCCCAUCUCCAUGGACCCCAAGCUGCCCGGCUACCCCUCUCAGUUCAACCCUGGCCCCCCUGCCCAGUUCCCUCCAGAGAUAGCAGGGGUGCAGAGUAUGGGGGGCUUCGGUGCACCCAGGGGGGCCUUCCCUGGGGGCAUGAUGCUGAGGCCUGGCAUGGGCAGAGCGCCUGGCAUGACCAACCAGCUCCGGCUGCCUCCCAACCAGCUGAGGUUACAGCUGCAACAGAGGCUGCAGGGCCCACAGCAGCUGCAGAACAGGCUGGCUGCCAUGAGCCCGUUCCCAGGGGAAGCUCACAUUUCCAUGGGGAUGCGUCAGGGAGGGCAGCAGCCUCAGAUGCCCUCUCAGCCUCCUCUGAACGCCCAGAUGCUUGCCCAGAGGCAGCGGGAGCUCUAUAGCUUCCAGCACCGCCAGAGACAACUCCUGCAGCAGAAGGUCAUGUUGAUGAGGCAGGGCAUGGGGGGCGGGGGGCCUAUGGGGGCCACCAGGGGACAAACAGGACCCCAGCCACAGCAACAACAGUUUGGCUACCCUCCAGGCUACAGCCCCAUGCCAGGGAAUCCACCCAGCUCCCCCAGCCUAUUCAACCCCAUGGGAGGGACCCAGGACCCCAAGUUGUCGGGCCAGAGCCCUAUGGGCAGCCAAGCAACUAUGAUGGGGGGGAUGCAGGGACAGUUUGGGGGGGCGGUGAACUCGGCGGUGCAGCCUGUGCUCUUCCAGCAGUUUGGAGGACCAGGUAUGGUCCAGCAAGGAGACCCCUCGUUCCCUACAGAGCUCAGCCCCACCAGUCCCCUGCUGUCCCCUCAGAACUCCACCUCCCAGAGUCCUCUGCUCCAGCAGGCCCAGCCUCCUGGGUACCAGUCACCUGACAUGAAGAGUUGGCAGCAAGCUGGCAUGGGCGGAAACAGCUUGUUCAGCCAGUCUGGUCAGACGACGCCCCAGGCCUUUGAGCAACAGGGGGUCUACAACAACAUGAGUAUCACUGUGUCAAUGGCAGGAGGCUCAGGGGGGAUGGGCUCGCUACCUUCCAUUGGACCACCUGUUGGCAUGGGCAACAGUAACCUUGGCGACAUCAACUCCAUGUGUAACGAUCAGGUACAGCAGGUUCAAGUGUUUGCCGACGUCCAGUGUACGGUGAACCUGGUGGGCAGCGACUCCUACCUGAACCAGUCGGGGUCCAUAGGCACCCAGAAGGGCCCCCAGGGGCCUCAGAGCAGCCAGUCCCAGCAGAAGAGCCUCCUCCAGCAGCUCCUCACAGAGUGACUUCUCAGCUCAGCCGCCUGCCAGGAGAGAGGUGCUCCACAGACCACCAACCUCUUCUCUUUCUCACCUUUGGUUUUAGACACCUGCCUGCCGGACUGGUUAGGAGGGCCCUGGGAUGGAGACUGAGGUCCAGGUAAGAGUGUGUCUACCUGCCUGCCUGCCUGCCAGCCAGCCUCAGCCCAUACCGUACCAUAAGGCAGCAGCGAUCGUUCAGCGCUCAUUCCUGGUUACCUACUUUCAACACAAAGUCUGCUUUCUGUUCUGAGAAAGGAAUCAGCUUCCGGUUUUGCCAAGUCGUCGUGGCUGUCAAAAGAGGAUCUGGUUCCUAAUUGCUCGUUCCGUCAGGCCAUCGCAGCAGUGCGUCUUGGGAGUGCGAUCAACAUGCAGCUGAGCUCAGCUGUGGGUGGUUAACCCGUCGUCUCAACUUUUGCUCUAGCGUGGGGUGGCGUUUUGGGGACAACGUUUUGGGAAUGUUAGGUUUUUAACCUCUGCAGUGGGAAGCUCAGUUUCAGCUGGAUCUGUGACUGACUAGCUCUCUCCAUUGCAGUGCCUGAUGGGAGGAAAUUCCCAGCUCUCGUUUUUUGUUUUUGUUUCUCUGUUCUCGUCGUCUGUGUCGUCAGGACAACAAGCAGCACGGCCGGGAUGGGAUGGGAGAUUGCGCUGCUCUGCUCAGUUGGCAACACCGUCUUUCACAUUUUCAAACCACCAGACUGUUAAAGUAACUGUCUGUCUUACACAUUUUUCUCCCCAGCAGCUGUGAAUAUGAGCCAUGUUGGGCUCUCCUUGGCCUAUCAGUAUUGUUUGUCAUGUGUAACCGUGCAGGUGGUAUUGUACAGCACAGAUGGACACAAAUUGGGAUGAGUUCACACUUUCUACUUUCCUUUCAAAGGCAUCAUUUAAUUACUCUAAAAUGCAACUGUCAUUUUUAGCUCAAACUAUACAUUGUGAUUCAAUGCGGUUUUCUUCCGUUUUUUUAUUUGAGAGUAACUUGUCAGUUAUUAUAAUUUUUUAAGGCGAUAUUUGGCAUUAUGAAAAUGUAACUGCUAAAUGUGCUCUGUGUUCUGUAAUGUGAAAAAAGAAAAUCUCGGUAUAAGAA